AUGGUGGAUGAGUUUGCUACUUAUUCGAAACUAGAACGAAAGAUAAAACUAUUGGAACGUCAGUUGGACUCCUUGGCCCCUGAAACUCUUGUUGGAUCAAUGGUUCGUCAAGUCAGUAUCUACGUUGGAUUAUAUGCAAUCGAAGCACUAUUUAUGGCUUAUCUAAUUUCAUAUUCACCAAUUGAGACAAUUUCACCGGUAACACUACAAUCUCUCAUGAUAAAUAAUCAUUCAAUGAAAGAUAUUACUAUUUUUAUCUGUCAAGUAAUAUCAUAUAUACCUGUAAAAAUUCUAGUGAUAUGUUGGAUUAUUUUAUGUCGGUUAACUAUUGGACCAGCAGUAUCUAAAUUGGGAAAUAAAUUGCAACGACAACAACAGUCGCAAAAUCAACAAUCAAAUCAACACUCAAGUGUUAAUUUUACUAACAGUACAACAACUACUGUGCCCAAUACAUCAUCCUGAGAUCACUGACUGACAAUGUUAGCAUUGAUAUUCAGUAAAUAUGCAGAUAGAAGUCCUCUUUUUUGUUAACUUAUAAAGCAA